CAGAAACAAGUUCUUGUACUUGGUCCCUAGCUGCAAGUAGAAGUCUAAAAACUUCAAUUGGAAGAAACCAGCUCCUUUUUUCCUUAAAAAGAAAAAGAAAAAAAAGCUACAAGCAUGAACAAAGUCAAGCUCUUCACUGUUGAAGGGCUGGUCAUGGUAGUGCUGUUCAGCACAGCCCAAGCCUGGCCCUGUUCUCCCUGCAUCUGUGAGUUUUUGGAAGAUCUGUGGGGCUGGAAGGUAGACUGCAAUUCUUUGGGGUUGAAGGAAAUGCCUGCCCUGCCCAGUACCACCAGAAUUCUUUACCUGCAAAACAACAGUUUGACCACUGUCCUGCCUGGCACACUGGACAUGUUGCACUACCUGAAGGAAGUAGAUUUGUCCAACAAUCCUUGGCACUGUGACUGCUCUAUUUUAUAUCUCAAGUACUGGCUGGAAGAUUCCCACAUGACUUCCCUUGCCAGUGUUAUAUGCACAACACCAGCUUUUGUAAAGAUGAGAGCCUUGAGCCAACUGAGUGGGAAUGAGCUGGAAGGAUGUAGGAGACCUCUUCCAAACAAAUGCCUUGAUUUCAUUUGGAGGGACAUUGUUCUGAUCAUUAUGGCAAUCUGUGUCUUAAUUGCAAUGUCUUGCAUCCUGCGAUACUCCAGAAAAUUAGUCUACCAAGUUUCCCAAAAGCAACAUUCUUCUGAAAUCCCACUGCUGCAGACUCAUGACCUGGAACGUGAAAAGUCAGAAUGAGAAGCUACAGUGAUUAAGAGCUCUUUAGUAAGAAUACCAAGAUCAUCUGUUUAAGAGGUUGUACUGGCACAAGUGAGACACACACAGCCAUAGCUAAAUGUCUCUUGUGGUAAAGAAAUAGUCCCAGUUGUAUUUUGUUGUUUUAUGCAUACUUUUGUAGGAUUGCUAUUUUAAUGUUUUCCAAAAGGGUAAUAACUACCUCUAUAACUGGAAUAAAAGCAAUGAUAAUCAA